UUGAUUCCCGAAGUACAUGUACAAAUUGUAAGGCAUCAAGUGAAACAGUGGCUUCGAAGCUGAAUAUUGAGACACUUAGUUAUGCUUCAUGUCAGUUCUGUUCUGAACGGGAAGAUUUUUUAAGAAUAUAAAUUCUAUUUGAAGAAAUAAAAGAAAAAUGCCUGAAGCUUCCACGACACUUAACCAGACGUUAUCAUCUGCAGCAGAUGGAACGGCUUCUUUGAAAUCAUCAUAUGAAAAUGCAACUUUGUAUCAAGAAGACAAUGAAAAUGUAUCCCCGGGUUUGGAAGUACUGGCCACGAUUUCCAUUACAUAUGCUGUUAUUAUAUCAGUUGGUCUUCUUGGGAAUGCAAUUCUCAUAAAAGUCUUCUUCAAGAUUAAGUCCAUGCAGACGGUUCCUAAUAUAUUUAUCACCAGCCUGGCUUUCGGAGAUCUGCUCCUGCUGUUGACCUGUGUUCCAGUGGACGCUUCAAGAUAUAUGGUAGACACGUGGCUAUUUGGAAGAAUCGGAUGCAAGGUCAUAUCUUUCAUACAACUCACUUCUGUUGGAGUGUCCGUUUUCACGUUGACUGUCCUCAGUGCUGACAGGUAUAGAGCAAUUGUGAAACCCUUGGAGCUGCAGACCUCAGAUGCGGUUCUGAAAACGUGUGGCAAAGCACUUUGUGUCUGGAUAAUUUCCAUGCUGCUUGCUGCCCCAGAAGCAGUGUUCUCCGAUUUGUACGAGUUUGGAGACCCCGAAAAAAAUACAUCUUUCAAAGCCUGCGCUCCUUACCCCGUGUCUGAGAAAAUAUUACAGGAGACACAUUCCCUGAUGUGUUUUCUGGUGUUUUACAUUGUUCCAUUGUCUAUAAUUUCUGCGUACUACUUUCUCAUUGCAAGAACACUAUACAGAAGCACUUGUAACAUGCCCGCUGAAGAACACACACACGCCCGAAAGCAGAUCGAAUCCCGUAAAAGAGUUGCGAAAACCGUGCUGGUGUUGGUCGCUCUCUUUGCUUUUUGCUGGCUGCCAAAUCACAUCCUCUACUUGUACCGAUCCUUCACCUAUCAUUCCGAUAUAAACUCGUCGGUGCUCCAUCUAUCUGCCACCAUAUUUGCCCGAGUCUUGGCAUUCAGCAAUUCCUGUGUUAACCCAUUUGCGCUUUACUGGCUCAGUAGAAGUUUUAGGCAGCAUUUCAAAAAGCAGGUAUACUGCUGCCAGGCACAGCCACCACCCUGUCAUCCGAGUCCUACCCAUAGCAGUACCAACACUGGGAUUACGGCUAUUAAAGGCAAUAUACAGAUGUCUGAAAUUAGCAUAACAUUAUUAGGCAGCUAUGACGUGAAAAAAGAGAGUGACAGUAUUUAACAUUAUAUAUCUAAGUCCUGCUACUCCGGUAUACGGAAACAAAAAUGUUUGAUUAAUGUAAAUGGAUAAUCGUCAAGGUGAGUGAGGCUAAACCUUUAUUU